AGUCUAACUGCAGCAGGGAGCACACCACACUCUUGGAUAACACUCAUUCAUCACAGGAGUACAGUUUGUCUUCAGCGAAGCGUAAAAAACCUUCAAAGCACAGCAGCAUGGGGAGCAGCAUGUCAUGUGUCCCCCAACACAAUUUCAGAUUCUCCAGCAAGAGUUUCAUACGCAGAAACAGCAGUCGCCUGUUUCGCAAGAAUUAUCCCCAAGAGGGACAGGAGAAGUCGAACAGCAUCAUCAAUAUCUUGUGCACCGUCACCCCCAGGAAGGAAAUGUCCCAUAAAGAUCUGCACUCGAUAGACAACAUAAAAUGGAAUCCUUCGUUCCCUUACGACCUGUCCAGUGGCUGGAAGAAGAGCAGCAUCAACGUGAAGAACUACGGACGAAUGAUUCACAGUUCCAAAGUUCGUUUCCGCUUCGUUCACUGCCAGGAUAUACAUGAUUGCUACCUGGACCUCUUCGAGACACACCUUCAUUUUGUCUCCAACAACACAACUGGACUGACAUACCAGGGAACUCUUCCGCUGAAAGAAAUCACCAUCUGCAACCUACAACAGAACUGCAACCACAGCCAACCCCAGGAAUUCACCUUUCAAAUAAACGGUGUCAGCCUUAACCCCAUCAUCAUCUACUGUUCCAACCAAGAAGACAUGGACCUGUGGUUUGGCCUGCUCAAAGAAAACAUUGAGGCCAAUGGGGGCAGUCCAAUUGUACACGAAAACUACACCAGAGUGAAACUAAAGCAGGAGGACGGGUCCUCUGAGGGCAGGGAGGAGCUGAGGAACUCCGUAAACAGAGAACCCAUCUACGAGUGGGAGGGCUCUCAGAGGGACAGCCUGGGCAUCAUCACCUAUGUUACUAAAGUCCAAUUGCAGCACCUUCCCUGUCAGGAACAGAGUGACAGACUGCUGGUGUUGUACCCAUCGACGCUGAUCAUCCUAUCAGAGGAGAAUAAUGGGCUCUUCUAUAAGGGAAAGCUUCCGCUCAACAUGAUUACUGUGACCACACCCUGCCAAGACGUCAAGCCCAACACAUUCAUGAUCGAAGGGAAGCUGAUCAACCCCAUAGUGGUGUCGUGUCUGGAUAGGGCAGAGUUCUGCAACUGGAUCCAACAUUUCAAAAGUGCUGACGUGCCUGUUCUCAGCCCCCCGCCCCCUGUGUAUGACAUCAUCUACACCCCAACGCACAGUGAGGCUCCACAGUUUGACAGAUGGAGUGGAAACAGCCAUGGACGCACUGAGUCUCUUAAGUUCAGCCAUUCCCCGAGUGGAUGUGGGACCCACAACCUUCAGUUACCCAUUCAGGAAGACAACCCUCUCUCCCCGGGAUACACCGAACCGCUCUGUUACAGCUCCAGUCGUCCCUCCUCAACUGAGACAGCCCGCCUGGGCAGCCGGACCAACAGCGUGUCCUCACACAGCAGGCCAGAGCGCGACCUACGACCUUUGUCACUGCGCUACUCCUCCCCCCAUCGCAGCUCCUACCUCCAGCCCGCUGAGAGCUCGGUGCGGUCUCAGGUCUACAGCACACCCUACUCUGCCCUGCACCGGCUGGAGAAAGCCCCGCUUGUCAAGUCCAAAAGCUGGAGCACCCCUCAGACAUCCCUGAACUACUCCUUGAACGCCCCCCAGCGCCACUCGGACAUGUGCGCCCCCCGACAGCCCUUGUCGCCCCUGUAUGAUGAGCCCAGCAGCCCCGAAAUCUACUCCCUGAAUGAUGCCAGGCCAGUGCAGCAGAGCUGGCAAGAGCCAAUGCAUCACCACCACCAGCAGCAGGGUGCCCAGCUCCUACCCUCCUCCUUCCAGCUCCACACCCCUCCCAUGGGGAGGCACUGCAGGAGAAGCCUGGUCAUGACCAACUCCCAGGGUCAGGCUCUGAGCCUGGACAUGGAGGGCGCUCAAAGCCAAGCAGAGCAGAGAGCCGAGGCCGUGUCGAGGCUAAAGCUGCUGCCUGUGCCCAGCCAAGUCCAAGAGCAGAUCCUCCUCCCGUUAAACUCUGUGAGGAACACCCUUCAAAUGCCUUAUGGUUACUCACCAGAUCACAACUCGUACCUUGAACACACAGAACCAGAUGAUCAGGAAAUGGACUAUGACAACAUUUGGCAGUACGACUGUGAUACUAGAAUGAUUCAGCCGAUGUCUAGAAUUUCGACAGAAUUAGACUUUGGGGCCAGAGGCCUUGGUGCCAUGGCAACCCAGCAGAGAUGGUCAUAAAACAAAACAAUAGGCCGGCACUCGUGUGGACGUGUGCAAACAACAGAUCUCUAUCAGAGGGAUAAUAAAAAGCCAACAAGCACAGCCUGUGUUGCUCCUGCUGCAUACAGUAUGAACACAUCCCACCACCUGCAUUGUUAGAUGUUGGGUAGCAGAGGAACGAUGAGUGCAGGAAUGAAGAGGAACGAGCUAAAAACAGUAAUAGCAGACAGACUUCAAUAUGUAGCAUUCAAUGGAGGACAGCACAGUGUAUAUACUGUGUCGCUGUAGCGUUAUUUUUUAAAUGCAUUAUGACAUUGCACUAAAGGUUUCAUAUGUAGUGCAAAAACAGUAUUUUGUAACAUGCUGUCCAGUUUACUUAGUUAUAUUUUAUUUUAUUUAAAACUAAAAACAACAUUCCAUCAGGGCUUUAUAUAGUAAAGAAUGUAUAUUUUUGUAAAUGUAGAUUUAUUUUAUUAUGCUGUAUAAUCAAGGCAAUUAGAUGUGGCUUCAACUGACUGCCUUAAAAAAGGUGCUAAUAUUACUACCGCAGUACUGUACUGAUACCUGUGUGACUCCCUUUUGUAUUUCUGUUUGAGGUGUUUAUUUAUAUUUUGGAAAUAAAACUCUAAAACCCGUCA